AUGAAAUUUCCUACUCACAGGAAACACAAUAUAUUGAAAGGAUUGAUCUGGUUUUUCCUCUACAUUUUAUAUUAUUUAAAUAUACUAAAUUUUGAAAGCAUUAUUAUAUGUUGCUAUAAUAUAAAAAACCGAACAAAAUUUUAUAAAAAUCAAAAUCCAAAAAAAUGUGUGACCUUAUUCAUUGGUAAUGCUGAAAAUGGAUUAAGUACCAAAAGAAAAAAUAGCAUUAUCAACUUGAUAAAUCAUAAAAAUACAAAUAAAAAAACUUUUAACAAAUUAAACUAUUUUAUAAACAAUGGAACAAUACAAGGACAACCAUCCAUUCCUAAUUCAUGCCAACACAAAGCAUGGAAAUACAAUCCCAAUUUUAAAAUGAAAUUAAAUUUUUUUAAUAAAAAUAAAGAGUAUUACAAUAUAUGUAGCAAAAAUUCUCUAACUAAUAAAUAUUUUAAAAAAAAUUAUUUUUAUAUAUUCAAAAAAAAUGGCAAUCUCAACUCUCAAAAUGAUUAUCCUCCAUUUUCAAAAACAAACAAAACUCUCAAUGAUGUAUCAGAGUUUGUAGAUAAAAAUACAGACCCGUCUUUCCCUAAUCCAAUUUUAAUAUCCUUAUCCGAAGUUUUUGAUUUUUCUCUUUUUUAUGGAACGGGAGAAAAUCGAAAAUAUUACAAAUAUGAGGAUAUCAUAAAAUAUAUAGAAAAUAAUAUAGGAGGUACUAGAUUUAUUGAAAAUAUAAACAUAAAUAAUAAUUUAAAUAAAAAUUAUGAUCAAAUACAAGAUAAUAAUGAAAAUUAUUUUGAUGACAAGCCAAUAUUAAUUAGAGGAAGAAUAGAAAAAAAAGAUAAACAGUCACAACGAAUUAUUUUAUAUUUAAGACAAAAUGGUGGACUAUAUAUUAUUUGUGCAUAUGAAAAAAAAAAAAAUCAAAAUGAAAAUGGACAAAAAGAACAAGAUGAAAUGUAUACUUAUAUUAAAAAUUUAAAAAAUGAAACUGUUGUUGAUAUUAUAGGAAAUAUAAAAAUUAAUAAAAAAUUAUAUAAACAUCAAAUACCACAUAUUGAAAGUAUAUAUAAUCAAAAAAGAUUAGAAAUACAAAUUAAAAAUAUUUACAAAAUCGCUGAAUCAUAUUAUGUUCCUCCUAUACUACCUAAUGAUGUUCCCUUUCUUAGGACAUCCAUAUUGGGCACUGAUCAAACUUCUUUCAAAACGGAACAUUCUGAAGAAGAAUCAGAUAAAAAUAAACAUGUUUAUGAUGAUGCAGAUAAGAAAGUCGAAGAUACUAUACCACCUUCUCUUUUAGAUAGUAGCACAAACGAUUGCUUGACUAAUGACAAUCAUCAAUCGGAUUCCCCAAAUGUAAGAGACACCAAUGAAGGCACAGAACAAGGUCGUGAUAAAAUUUUCGAAAAAAAUGAAAUAGAAUAUUCAGAAAGUGACUAUUUUUGUUUAAGUUAUAGAAAUUCGAUCAAUCAACUUAUUUUUAAUUUAAAAAAUUUGAUAAUAAAAAAAAUGAGAAAUAUUUUAGGGGAAGAUAAAUAUAUAGAAGUAUUUACUCCUAAACUAGUAAGAAUAGAUAAGGCAGUCAAAAAUAAAAAUAACUUGACUACCCAAGUUGAUAAUGUAAGUAAAAUGAAUGGAAAUGAUGACAAAACAAGUAUAGAAAAAUACACAGAACUAAAUGGAUCAGAAGGGGGAUCUAAUUGUUUUAAGAUUGAAAAUGAAAAUAUAAUACUUGCACAAAGUCCACAAUUUUAUAAACAAAUGAUAAUUAAUUAUGACUAUGAAAAAAUAUUUGAAAUAAAUUAUUCAUAUAGAAAUGAAAAAUUUCAUAGUACUAAACAUUUAAAUGAAUUUUUAUCAUUGGAUAUCGAACAAGUUAUAUAUAAUAAUUAUUAUGAAGUAGUAAUAUAUAUUUAUAAUUUUUUAAAAAAUAUAAUUAAUUAUAUUAAUACAAAUUUUAAUCAAGAAAUAAAUCUAAUUAAUUUAAGUUAUGGGAAAAAAAAUACACACACAAACUUUGAACCUACUAUCGUUACUACUACUCCUGUUGUUUUGUCAUUUUGUCAAGCCCAUGAUAUAUUAAAAAAAUAUUAUUACAUAAAUAAUGAUACACCAUUUUGUAGUUCUAAAAAAGGUAUACAAGAUGGAUAUGCACAUAAUGAGCAAUAUAACAUGUAUGUAAAAAUAUUAGAUGAAAAUGAAAAAAAAAAAUUAAAAAAAAAUAUUAUUUUUGACCAUGUUGAUCAAAAUGGACAAUUACAUAAUGUUUACUAUAAUAAUAAGAUUGCAAAUAAUUACAAAAUUGACAUAAAUAAUUGUGAAAGUAAUUAUCCUGACAAUAUAAAUCAAGACUUGUCUUCACAAUCACUAUACUCCUUUGUGAACAAGAUUGAUAAAAAUGAAAUUUACAAUGAUAUACUCCAAUUUUACAACAACAUAUAUGAUGAAACAAUGACAAGAAGUAAAGCACAAGAAAAUAAAAAUUUUAAUCAACCCCCACCCUCUUUAUUAUCUAGCUAUACACAGUUUGAUAAAACUAAUGACAUGGCAGGAAAUAAUGAAAACCUCUUUGAUUUAGAUAAAGAUAGUUUUAGUAGCGACCCCAAUAUAUAUUCCCAUUUUAACGGAAUAAGCAAAUAUUUAGAAAAAAAUAUAAAUAUAAAAAUAAGUGUAAAAGAAAAAAAUGAAAUUAAAAAAUUAAAAGAAUUAUAUAUUUAUGAAAAAGAUUUUACUAAUGAUGAACUUAAUUAUUUAUAUUUAUUUAUAAAAUAUAAUUUUAAUACAGAUAUAUUUAUAAUAGAUCAAUAUCCAUUACACCUUAGACCAUUUUAUAGUUUAAGUAAUUUAUAUGAUUUACGAUUUACAAAUAGUUUUGAUUUUAUAUAUAAAGGAACUGAAAUUAUAUCAGGUAGCCAAAGAAUAAAUAAUUUACCCCUCCUAUUACUUCGUAUAUUAAAGGAAAAAAUAAAUGACAACCCAAAUGAGGAUAAUAAAAUAGAUGUAUCCUCUUAUUUACAAAUAAAUAAAACAAAUUUUAACUUAUCAAACUACCUUGAUGAUUUAAAAAAAUUAAUAAAUAAAAAUUCUACAUUAUAUAAAUAUAUUAAUUCAUUUACUUAUUCUUCUAAGCCACAUGCUGGAAUGGCUUUGGGCUUGGAUCGCUUUUUUAUGUUACUAUUUAAUUUGCCAAAUAUAAAAAAAACAACAUACUCCUAA